AAACGCCGCGGCCUGGCGGCCGCCUCAGCCGCGCGGGGCCUGGCCCGGCCCGGCCGCCGCCUCCGCUCCGGACCUGCGGCGCGAUCGGCCUGCGCCCGCGCCUUGGGACGCGGCGGGCCCGAGCUGGAGCCCGAGCUGGAGCCUGAGCCCGCCUCUCCGCGGCCUGGCCCCGGCCCCGCCGAGCAGCGCGCCUGGGCGGGCCGGCAGAGCGGGCCCGGGACGCGCCUCGGUGCGGCCUAGCGAGCAGCGCACGGGGAGCCCGGUGGGGUAGGGCUGCCCGGCGGAGGAGCCGCCUCGCCCUGGCCCUAGAAAGCGCCCGGCGUGCGGCCCAGCCCUGGAGGAGCCCGCCGCUCCGGGCCUGGCUGCCGCAGAGAGGUUGUAGGGAAAGCUCCGUGCCCAGGCCCCGCCGUGCGUUCCGAGGCGUGUAGGAGAUGAAACCAGACAAAGGGUGAAGUUUACAGACGAUCGUGUUUGCAAGAGCCACCUUCUGGAUUGCUGUCCUCAUGAUAUCCUGGCUGGAACACGAAUGGACCUGGGAGAAUGUACAAAGAUCCAUGACUUGGCACUGCGUGCAGAUUAUGAGAUUGCAAGUAAAGAGAGAGACCUGUUUUUUGAGCUGGAUGCGAUGGAUCACCUGGAAUCCUUCAUCGCAGAGUGUGAUAGGAGAACAGAACUGGCCAAGAAACGCCUGGCUGAGACACAGGAAGAGAUCAGUGCUGAAGUGUCUGCAAAGGCAGAGAAAGUACAUGAGCUGAAUGAAGAUAUUGGAAAACUCCUAGCUAAAGCUGAACAGCUGGGAGCUGAAGGAAAUGUUGAUGAGUCUCAAAAGAUCCUGAUGGAAGUGGAGAAAGUCCGCGCAAAAAAGAAAGAGGCAGAGGAAGAAUACCGAAAUUCAAUGCCUGCAUCCAGUUUCCAGCAGCAGAAGCUGCGUGUGUGUGAAGUUUGUUCAGCGUAUCUUGGUCUCCAUGACAACGACCGGCGUCUUGCUGACCACUUUGGAGGCAAAUUACACUUGGGCUUCAUUCAGAUUCGUGAGAAACUGGAUCAGCUGAGGAAAACAGUGGCAGAAAAGCAAGAGAAGAGAAACCAGGAUCGUUUGAGACGCAGAGAGGAGAGAGAACGAGAGGAAAGAAUGGGCAGACGGUCUGGAUCAAGAAAUAGAGAUCGUCGAAGAUCACGGUCUCGGGAUAGGAGGCGAAGACGCUCAAGAUCAGCUUCCCGUGAACGGCGGAAGUCUCGUUCCCGGUCCCGAGACCGACACAGACGCCACCGGAGCCGUUCCCGCAGCCACAGCAGAGGUCACCGGCGGGGGUCCAGAGACAGGAGUUCAAAACACAAAUCUUCUAGAGAUCGAUCUUCAAGAGAAAAGUCACGAGACAGAGAGAGGAAAGAGAAGAGCUCUUCUGAGAGGCGGCAUGAGAGCACAAAUGGCAAAUCUCGUUCCAAGAGAUCAGAAGAGAGAGAAGCUGGCGAGAUCUGAACUCAAAUGAUCUGUGUUGCACUGUAAAUAGUCUGAUAAACAUUCUACACAAAGCCUAAAUUUCCCAUUUAUAUUUACUGAAUACAACUCAUCUUUUGUAGUUUGGAAUUUUUAUUGUUUGGCAGAUAGCUGUGAGUUUGUAGAGACACAGAGUUACGUACUGUUUAACAGCAUUUUGUUUUUAGUAGGAAUAAAUAAAUCUGGACGGAUCGUUUUCCAUUCAGGCCAGUGGUUGGCACAUGGUGUUUGUUCUGACCCAGCGACCGCGGUCGCAGACCUGAGCUGCCGUGAUGUUUGUAACGCUUCAGCCCUUUCCAAAAGGUCGACUUGACCCUUUGUGAGCACACCAGUAGCACUGGUUCUCACUUAAUUAAUUUUUCCUUCUGUUUAUAUAUGUUAAAAAAAAUUCAGAAGUGGGUUUUUUUUUUUCUUUUAGUGCUUAGCCACCUCAUUUUUAUGUCUUUGAGAGUUGCCUCACUAUUCCAGCCAAGUCAAGACAGUCAAAAUUUGGCCCUGAUCUGCCUGUUUCAGAAGUUUGUUCAUCUUUGUGAGGAUGACCAGAUCAGCUGGAGCGCAUUUCUAAGGUGGGCUCAAGUCUGGUUGUAGUUCUUGUACAGAUCAGAUACUGGGUGUAAACAGAACAGGGGAAAAUCUGAUUUUUCUCUAGAGGAGCACAGCCACGGACUGUGCGCUUGAGUCAGAGCUUCCUCUGUGGAGUUUUCUGACUUAAAAACCGGCCUCGGUGGGUGUUUCUAACGGGCCGGUCAGGCAGAAGAGGUGACUGGAGAGGGGUGCGGCCCCGUGCCCACCCCGCUGCUCCUGGGCCCGCAGCACAGCUCUGGGUCCAAUUUGCAGAUUGUAAGUAGCUCUAUGUUUGUUCCACAGCAGGGGAGGAAGGGCUGCCGGGCAGUGGCAGCGCAGCCGUGCCCCUGGGACGCGGUGCUGUGAGAACGGUGUCAGUGAAGCCCUCGCUGCCCCCGGUUGUCGGCCUGGCCGCUGCUCGUUAUCUCGGUGUGGUUAAUUAACGCUCCCAGCCGAGGAGCACCGUUUGUCAGUGCUGCGGGGCGGCUCCUGCGGGUGUUUUUCCCCUCCAAGGCUCCACACGCUGCUGCCCGGUCCCGGUUUCCCCGCGGGCGCUCCCCGGUGUCAGUCCCCAGUGCAUGCGGCCCCUUCCCUGUCCGUUUCCACAGCGAGUUCCGCGGUUUCACGUGUUGUUUUGUAACCUCCGUGUCGGGUGAGGGGGGAGCGGGCCCGGGGGCGGCGGGCGCACUCUCGGGAUGCCUGUACGUGACUGUGCUGUUCUCUCGCGGUCUGAUCGCAUUAAAGAUCUGUGUUUGUGGCUC